AUGGGGCCCCCAGGCAAUAGGGGAUCAUGGGGCCCCUGUGUCCUUGCCCAAACUCAAAAAAGCCUAUGAAAAAGUACCAGGGGCAUCUCACGGGGCCUACUAUUGACCCCGGGCCCUCCAAAUGGUCAUUCUGCCCCUGGGGACAGAUGCAGCAUCAGAUUGAUGCUGUAUCAGGGGCGGACUGACAACUCAUGGGCCCCCGGGCAAUAGGAGAUCAUGGGGCCCCUGUGUCCUUGCCCAAACUCAAUAAAGCCUAUGAUAAAGGUGCCAGGGGCAUCUCAUGGGGCCCCCUACUGACCCCGGGCCCUCGGGCGGUGCCCGAGUUUCCAAAUGGUCAGUCCGCCCUUG